AUCCAUGUGUGUGCAUGCCUGGUAGGUUAAAUCCAGUUUCUCCUCGUUUCUAUCUCUCUUUCUGCCUGCCUCUAUAACUCACACACUCACACUAGCUUUGCUCUUUGGCAACACACACACACACACACGCACACACACAUAUUAAAACCACACAUUUUCAACAGAGGAUUGUAGUUGGUCCAUUUUUCUGGUGCUUUAAAACUCAAUAUAUCGCCUUCAUGGAGGAUUACCACAAACCUGACCAGCAGACAGUGCAAGCACUGAGGAACAUCGCCAACCGCCUCCGAAUCAACUCGAUCAAGGCAACAACUGGAGCGGGCAGCGGAUAUCCCACGUCAUGCUGCAGUGUGGCAGAAAUCAUGUCUGUGCUUUUCUUCCACACUAUGAAGUACCGCCCUGAAGACCCAAGAAACUUCAACAACGACCGCUUUAUCCUGUCUAAGGGUCAUGCUGCUCCUGCGUUGUACUCCAUAUGGGUUGAAACAGGUUUUCUCAAGGAGAGCGAAUUGCUCAGUUUAUGCCAGGUUGACUCUACCCUGGAGGGGCACCCAACCCCCAAACAACAAUUUGUGGAUGUCGCCACUGGAUCGCUGGGGCAGGGUCUUGGUGUGGCCUGUGGAAUGGCUUACACUGGGAAAUAUUUUGACAAAUCCAGUUACCGUGUCUUCUGUCUGCUGGGGGAUGGUGAGAUGUCGGAGGGGGCUGUCUGGGAGGCCAUGUCAUUUGCCUCCUACUACCAGCUUGACAACCUGGUGGCCAUUAUGGACAUCAACCGUCUUGGCCAGAGUGACCCUGCACCCUUGCAGCAUCAUGUAGAGAAAUAUCAGAAGCGUUGCGAAGCCUUUGGCUGGCAUGCUAUCAUUGUUGACGGACACAGCGUAGAGGAGCUUUGCAAGGCUCUGAGCCAGCCAUGCCACCAACCCACUGCCAUCAUAGCCAAAACCAUUAAGGGCAAAGGCAUUCCAGCUGCAGAGGAUAAGCUGGGUUGGCACGCCAAAACUCUGCCCAAAGACAUGGCUGAGAUGGUCAUGAAGGAUCUGCAGAGCCGUAUCAUGAGUAGCAGCAAGCACCUGUACCCACCUGCUCCUAUUGAGGACUCCCCACCUGUCAGCCUAAGAAACAUCAGGAUGCCAAGCGCACCCAGCUACAAGGCUGGAGAAAAGAUUGCCACGCGGAAGGCAUACGGAAUGGCACUGGCCAAGCUGGGACGCUACAAUGAACGUGUUGUGGCCCUUGAUGGAGAUACCAAUAACCUCACCUACUCAGAGAUCUUUAAGAAUGAGCAUCCCAACCGUUUUGUUGAGUGCUACAUAGCUCAGCAAAACAUGGUCAGCGUUGCGAUGGGAUGUGCUGCCCGAGAGAGGAAUGUGGUAUUUGCCAGCACUCUCGCUUCCUUUUUCACUCGCGCCUAUGACCAGCUUCGUAUGGCAGCAAUCUCAGAAAGCAACAUCAAUCUGUGCGGCUCUCACUGCGGUCUGUCCACCGGAGAGGAGGGCCCUGCCCUGAUGGGUCUGGAGGACGUAGCUAUGUUCAGGGCCCUUCCCACAGCAACCAUUUUCUAUCCCUGUGAUGGUGUGUCUACAGAGAAGGCUGUGGAACUGGCUGCAACCACAAAGGGUGUUUGCUACAUCCGAACCAGCCGCCAAGACUGUGCUAUCAUCUACAACAGCAAUGAGGACUUCCAUGUUGGACAGGCAAAGGUGGUGUACCAAAGCAAGGACGACCAGGUCACUGUGGUGGCAGCUGGAGUGACUUUGCACGAGGCCCUUGCUGCAGCUGAACAUCUAAAGAAAGAGAGGAUCUCUGUCCGAGUGAUUGACCCCUUCACACUCAAACCUUUGGAUGUCAAAACGAUCAUCGACCACACACGUGCUACCAGGGGAAGGAUCCUCACUGUCGAGGACCACUACUACGAAGGUGGUCUUGGCGAAGCAGUGUCUUCAGCAAUGGUCAAUGAGUCUGGCUUCAGUCUGCACCGUCUCGCUGUGUCCCACAUUCCUCGCAGUGGAAAACCCCACGAGCUGCUGAAGAUCUACGGUAUCGACCGUGAUGCUAUUUCCCAGGCCAUUCGCAAGAUGGUCAGCAGCUCUACCAAUGCCAAGUAACUUUCUCCCUGCAACCACCUACCUAUCCAAUUACACCCCUGAAGAUAAGGCUAAGUAGUCAAGUAUGUUUUCGAUUCACAUGGCACCCAACUCUUUGAUUUUGUUCACAGUGAAUACCCCUAAGUGUGUAGGCUACUAAAGUAAUGUGAUUUUGUGCUGUACACAUUAAAGUAGAGUUCCACGUUUGCCUUCCUUUUUGUGUAUUUAUCACCAAAAACUGAGACACACAAAUCCAUGCAACAUGCAUAUCCUCACUGAUAAUACCAGCGUUGUUAUAGACCCGUUUCAAUGACAGAGAUGUGGACAUAACUGACAUUUUCAUUGGUGGAUGCUCACUAUUUAAAAAAAAAUCCGGUAUUACAUGUCUGCUGUGUGAUGCUCUAAUGUGUUCUUAAUGCUCUUGGAUUCAUUCAACUGACAGUGGUUUUAUAUUGUUUUGCUAUAGCUUGUAAUACUGAGUGGGGCAUAGUUUUUAAGUCGGUGUUUAUCAUAGAGUGUGUGUGUCAGACAGAAACUUAGUGAGUUGUUGUUGUGAAAGACAAUAGGAAACAAAGUGAAAGAAAUGUGUACACGUCAUAAAGAGCAGUCAUGCAGAGCCAGAAUUUAAACAUUCAGAUGAUUUGACUUUCAUUUUUGUAGUUUUUAAAUUUAUUUCUAUUCAGCAUUGUCUUUUGUUAUUGAAAUUUCAGUUACCGUAAACCAACACACCUCAGUGUUCAUUUGUGCUCUAGCACUGCUUUUGGACCUCAACAGCAGUGUAAUCUUUACACAAUGUCGAGCAAAGAAGAGCCACCCAGUGCUGAUAGGCGGUAUAGUGGGCUGUGAUGUUGAGUAGCUAGUUACGUCCAGCGUGUCAGCCUAAGAACACUUUCUUUGUUACUUGAAAUUUUGUAUGUACCAUACUUUCAUGUAAUAAAGCCCUCUGCAUUUGACUUUGACCAUUUA